AUGGAGGACGAGAAGAGCGUCAAGUAUCCCUGGUUCUUUCCUGUGGGAGCGAAGAUGGACGGCGAGAAGAUGCGGGAUGCUGCCAAUCGACACGUUCAUGAGACGGUGGGCGACGAGAUGAGGACGGCGCCAAUGGGGUUUGGACCCAUGGGGGUACGUCAGGUACCUGCACGAGGAGAAGGAGGCGGUGGAUGGCACGAAAGUGUUUUCUUUCUACAAGUCGCAGCUUCUGGGGUGGCGAGGUCGCGCUGA